UUUCCUCUAACUUAUCAAAGAGAAGUCAUAAUCUGUUCGAAGAUGAGCCAAAACCAAUCUGCAGGAGCUUACCCUACACCACCAGUGUCUACCGGCCCUUACGUGGCACCGCCACCACUCGGUUACCCAACCAACGACACCAGUUAUGCAACGGCCGCUCCGGUUGAGACUAAGUCCAAGGGUGAUGGAUUCUUGAAAGGCUGUUUUGCGGCCAUGUGUUGUUGUUGUGUCCUCGACGCAUGCUUCUGAAGAGUUGGAUGUUUCUAUUUGAUUAUCAUAGUAUUCUGCUUUUAAUAUUAUUGGAUUUGAUUAGCUUAUGACAUUUGGUACUUCUAUUUGUUAAUUCGUUUCUGUUAUCGCUCUAUAUUUGUGUAAUUUCACCAUCUUAUUUACAAAUCGUGUUCCUGCUCUUA